GCCACCCUGGCUUUCUUCAACUCCGCCGUGCACAACAAGCCCUCACUGGUCCGCGACCUGCUGGACGACAUCCUGCCCCUCCUCUACCAGGAGACGAAGAUCCGCCGGGACCUCAUCCGAGAGGUGGAGAUGGGGCCCUUUAAGCACACGGUGGACGAUGGGCUGGAUGUGCGGAAGGCGGCCUUCGAGUGCAUGUACUCGCUGCUCGAGAGCUGCCUGGGACAGCUGGACAUCUGUGAGUUCCUGAACCACGUGGAGGACGGCCUGAAGGACCACUACGACAUCCGGAUGCUGACCUUCAUCAUGCUCGCCCGACUGGCUACCCUGUGUCCUGUGCCUGUCCUGCAGAGGGUGGACCGGCUCAUCGAGCCCCUCAGGGCCACCUGUACCGCUAAGGUCAAAGCUGGUUCUGUGAAACAGGAGUUUGAGAAGCAAGAUGAACUGAAGCGCUCCGCGAUGAGGGCAGUGGCUGCCCUGCUGACCAUCCCAGAAGUGGGGAAGAGCCCCAUCAUGGCUGACUUCUCGUCCCAAAUUCGAUCCAACCCCGAGCUGGCUGCCCUCUUUGAAAGCAUCCAGAAGGAUUCUGCUUCAGCCCCCAGCACAGACUCCAUGGAGCUCAGCUAGUGCUCCCCCACCCCCUGAGGACCCCAACUCACAAGGAGGCCCACUGAAGCCAGAGCCUCACCCUCCCAGCACCACAGGCCUCUAACUUUUGCCCCUUAUCCAUCUCAUCGGGGCCCUCCCUCUCCUGGUCGGGCACCUUCUCCAGGGACCCCAGUCAGAGCUGCAAGGCUGCCAACAGUUGGGCCCUUUUAACUCAGGACAGUUAUUCAAAGCAGGUGUGGUAGUUCUUCCAAAGCUUCCACGGAAGAUGGAUGGGACCUCCCACAGGUCAGCCUGGCUCCUUCAAACUGGGGGUCCCAGCCUCACCAAGUACUUAGUAUUUAGAAAUACUUUUGUGCUCACAGCUGCAGAAAUCUUAGGAGGCAGCUGGAUGCCUUCCUCCCCGCUGUCCCGGAUGUGUCAUUCACACUACUCCCACGUUUUCACCUGAUCUGAUGUGCCAAAAAUUAGUGCUUUGGCUGGGCAUCUUAAAAACUCAGGUACCUCCCUGAGCUAUUCACACUUGAGAAUCCAAAAUGCUUUCUUUCUCAUUGGCAGUGAUCAGUCGGGAACGUGCCCUGUUUUUACAGAGGCAGGUGAGUGGGGUAGGGAAUUAG